AUUUUCCACCGCAACGAUGACUGGCAUGACCUCGUCGAUGACCGCUGCGGCGCCACCGGCCGCUGGCCGCUCGUUCUUGGCAGCGCCCACGGCCGCGACGCCCGGCGACGAGAGCGAAGGCGAAGACGAGUACCAGGAGCGGUUGGCGCGGCGCUGGUCGUGCAAUGCGAUCCGGCUCAAGAUUCAAAAGUUCCUCGCGACCAAGGUCAUGACGCAGACCGCGUUCCUUAAGGCGAUUCGAUCCAACGCCAACUCGUACCAGCGCUUCAUGAAGCAGACGGGCGUCAGUGGCGGCAGCGGCAACCAGACGUAUUGGAACUCGCUUCCGUUCUUUGACGAGCUCGCGAAGAAGGAAAAGAAGGAGAAGGCCGACGCCAAGAAAACAGGCGCCAAGCGCAAGGCGGAUACGACGACCGACGAAGCGCCGCGUGCCAAGAAGAGCGCCAGUGGUUCUGAUCGUCUGGCAGAAAUUGACGCGGUCGAGCUCGACGAAGACGCGCCCGUGUACGACGACUGCGACGUUGUGCGGGACCACUUGCAGCAGUUCUUCCUCGCGAAGGAGGCCAGCCAAGUGAAUCUCGCCAAGCACCUCGGCUUCUCGAUCACGCCGCUGCGGAACUUUCUCAUGAAGAAGGGGCGACGCGAGGGCAGCGGUAGCGCCGUGUAUGGCGCCGCGUACCGGUUCUUUGAGAAGCGGCGGCUCCUUGACGGCGUGCCCAAGUCGGCCAAGCGACUCAAGAUUGAGAAAACGCUGCCCGAGGGCUACCCCUUGAGGAAGGACCCGACGCACUACUACCUUCUUCCUGGCGAGGAAGUGCCCGUGCUGCCCUAUUAGCAUCCGUGCUGAACGGCACGUAGCAGCUCAUCGAGCCGACUGACACAUACAUGUAAUACAACGAAUCCGACACUUUCAACACCC